GGCAGACUGAGGCGCCAUGAGUCGCACAGUGACCGGCGCGGCGCGGGUCCCGUUCCUCGGGGACGGUUGCCACGGCCAAAUGGCUCCGGGCCGGACCUUCGACUACCCCUACGACCCUCUGUACACACUAUCAAGUGAGGACCAUUCAAAGUCAAAUGUCCAUGUUCAGCUUGUUGAUGAUAAAGUGGUAAAAGCACCGAUGUUCAGAAGUAUGUUUAGUAGCUUGAUCCAUUUCCCGGGCUACAUCUUAGAGGGCAAAGAUCCAAUGCAUCCAUUUAUUGACCGAAGAUGGAGAGGAAGGGCUCAGCAGCGCCUGGAGGCUCUUCAGCAGCUUGCUGCGUUGAGGAGAGUACGACUGGAAUAUAAAGUGGUUCUGAAAUCAAGUAGCAAUCCUGAUGCAUAUCUUUCAAAGGACUCAAUUCUACCCAUUCUCUCGCUGACUGCCUUAAUAAGACCUCAACCUUCGCUUCAGAUAUCUCAAAUUGUGUACGAAGAUCCUGAAGUUAGCGGAAGGAAUCGCUACAAAUAUUUUGCACGACCUCUCAUCCCUUCUAAUAAGCUGCUUCCACUAUAUGUCCCUUACACAAUGGCAAAGACAGAGCCCUACGUCCAUUCAGCUACAGGAGACAGCAAGGUCUUUGGUCCCAAGUUACGAACUUUGGGCACACAAACAGAUUACAGGGAUGGUGAAGCCCAGACGGAUCCCUUUUCCCCUGAAUAUGUAGUUCCCAGUGGCUCAGUCCCUGAGCUUCUGACACUUGCUACACUCACUUGGGGUCGGGGGCUACCAGCAGGAUUAGCCGAGGUGGAGAUGAUUGAACGUGCCCGGGAAAAACGUGCAUGGGAAGCAACUCUUCCAGAAAUGGACAGUGCCUCACAAAUCGCAAAGAGGAGGAAAAUGAUGGAUGAUAUGGAGAGGAAGGAGUGGGCCUUUAGAGAACAGGAAAUAGAAAAGUUGCAGGCAGUUCGACUGGAAGUCUUAAAGAAACUGCUGUGGACACGACAGGAGAAUCAGAAUAAGCUGGAUGCCAAGCGCUUGGAUGACCACUGGCAAAAUCAUCAGAAGGCUAAAGAGGAGAAAAUAAAAAAGAUUCAGCAUGACUGUGCACUGAUGCUCAGGAAACUGAUAGCUAAGAGAAAGAAUGUGAUGGGGAAGCUGGAGAGACGAGAUAUCAUCAAAGAGUAUACUGACUUCACAUCACAAACAUAUGCUCCUUUGUCUAGAAUUGGUUAUUUCCCAGACAACCAAUCGGAAUGCUAUGUGGUAAAAAACUUCUACCUUAACACCUUUGCAGGACUGUGUGAACUGGAAGCAUCUCUCCCAGAUUCUGUCACCCAGGUCAAGGUUAAAGCUCCAAAACCUAAGUACACUACCACUAAGACUGGAUUUAUUAAAAGAUCAGCAAGGCUAGAGGUGCAGCUGGCACAGGUUCACCAGGCACUACUGGAGAAGAAGAAUAAAGUUAAGGAGCCAAAGAAGCCCUUUCGUUUCCUUGAAAAAGUAGAAAAGCCUGUUCCUCGGCCACCCACUCCAAUCCUGGAAAAACCAGCAAUUGAGGAAGAGGAAGCAGAACUGGCAGUGAUCUGUCUGCAGAAGUUGCUCCGAGGCAGGGCUAUUCAGAACAUGAUGUUUCAAGAGAAGGAGAAGCAGCUGGACCUGAUCAGAGAGCUGCGCACCACUCACGCACUCCAGGAGGAUGGACAGCUGCUUUUGAAGGCAGAGGAGCAAAUGACACUGGCCCUACAACAACAGCAUGACUUGCAAAUGCACAAGCUGUCAUUAGUGGAAAACCACUUGGCCAGGGAAGAAGGAAGGGUACUGGCGAACAUGUUUGAUUUCCUGUCCAAAGAGCUGGUGAGGCUGCAAGAAGAACGGAAGAUCCACGCUUUUGUCAUGCUGGCGGAGAGGCAGAGGCGGAUGCGGGAAGCGGAGGAGAGCGGACGUCGUCAGGUGGAAGAGAGGUGGCGUCAGGAAGAAGACAAGAUUUUCAAACAGGUGGUGAAAGUGCACCAGAGCACUAUUGACUCCUACUUGGAAGACAUUAUCCUGAGCAGCAUGGAGAACACAGCUGAAGAACAAGCCAGGGAAGAGAUUCAGAGAAUGGCUGUAGAAAUCAACGACAUUGCUUAUGAAAUGGAAAGUCGUCGAACUCGCCUACAGUCAGAAGAGAUUGUAGCAGAGCUGGUUUAUGAUUUCCUGAUUCCAGAAGCUGCAAAAAUGUCUAUCAGAGAAAAAGUGAGGCAGUCCCAAAGAAAACACAUCUAUGCUGCUCAUCAGAUCAUCCACAGGGGCACAGAGAAGAUAGUGGCUGAUCUGGCACUACAUCAAGAGAUAUCUGGCAGCAAGAUAAAGGGAGAUCCUCCUGCUGGGACAGCUAGCGCUGCUUUGAGUGGGACAGCUGCUGGACCAAGUGCAGCUGACAGCACUUGCUCUGCCCCAGUUGCUCAUGAACUAGCUAAACUUCUGCAUGAAGAAAGCCUGGGAGACACAGCAGUGAACCCUUCUGAUGGGUCUGACAGGGAUCCCACAGCCUCCUAGAGAGAGAAGAUGAGGCAGGACACUCAGAAUGGAAAAUCCUCUCUCUCUCUCCCUUGGGCUGUCCCUCCUCCUGCCUGCCAGCAAUGUUGUCCUGGAACCUCUUUGUACGCAUCUUGGUGUGGCAGCCCCAGUCCAGCCCCCUUCACUCCCUCCCCAACUCGCUUUGGACCUCAUGAGCUAAUUUUCCUCUUCUAAUUAUUGAGAGGCUUGGAGUGAGAAAGCAGUGUUUGCAUUCCUUGUUUGUUUUCCUGGCACAGACCAAUAAAGAUCUGCACCUGGGCUUUUGAUGGUAUUUCCUUGCAUCAAUAACAUUAAAUGAAAAAAUAUUCCAGCAGUGGGAAAUUUUGAGCUGAGACCACACACAGAAUUUUUUCUCAAGCACGUCCCACUGAUUUCCUUAGUGGAGUAAAGCAGGGUGUCUUCCUGCUUUAGCACUGCUAUUAAUAAAGUGUUGAAGUU